GCAAAAGCAGCUGAUUAUUGUUUUGAUUAAUUGAAGCAAAAUGAUAAUAUUACGAAAUUUACGUUUUAUAACAAAAGUUACGAAAACAGAUGCGAACAUACCAAAUUAUUUGCCAAAAAAUAUCCGUUCUUUACGCAAUCAAACGCGACAACGAGUAGAAUCUCUCACAACUAAAGAAGAGCACACCGAUCAUGUCGAGAAACUAGCGCAACCAACGCGUACUGAGCAGCGUGUUAACACGGGUAUUACGGAAGCAGUAAAUAAAUAUUUAAAAAAUGAACUGCGACACAUUGAAAACAAGGAGAAUAUUGAUGUUCCCACAAUUCAAACCAAUGCCACCCACAGUUCACAUUUACCUGCUAACGAUGAAGAAAUUGACGACCAAUUGCUCGACGUUGGUGAGGCUAAAAAAGAUUAUGUACCUACUUUCAAUUUAGCUGCUUAUGUAAACAAAUCUCCUACGCUACAAAAGUUUUUACAACUUGGCGUUGAUUUGCAUAGCAUAGAAAGACGUAAGGGUUUGGCAAAAUUCACGCUGGGCUUGGAUUUUGAGAAGGAUGUGCAACCGUACCUUUACUUCCUGCAAGAUCAAGGCGUACCGGCUGAAUCAUUUGGUGAAUUAAUUACAAAAAACCCCUUGAUCUUCAAAAUAGAUUUAGAUGAUUUACAAACACGUGUUAACUACUUGGAAUCCAAAAAAUUUACGGCAGUUCAACGACAACGCAUAUUCACAUAUAAUCCAUUUUGGUUAAUGUUCUCUACACAUCGCAUCGACAAAAGAUUAGGACAUUUCCAAAAAGAGUUUCAUCUAAAUGGUGAUGACGUACGGUUCUUGGCAUCUAAACAACCGCGUUUGAUAACAUAUAACAUGGAUCACAUACGUAAAGCGUCAUUUUGUAUAAGAGAAGAAAUGGGAUUUGAUAAAGAUGAAAUAAAAUGCCUGCUGCUGAGUAAGCCGCGUUUAUGGAUGAUUAAUUCAGAUGAACUUAUUGAACGCUUCGCUUAUGCUCACCAAACAAUGGGGCUCUCACAUGACUUGCUAAUACAGUUUCCAGAAGUGCUAACAUCACGUGAAUUUCGCUUACGCCAACGGCAUGAGUUCCUCGCCACACUAGGUCGAGCUCAAUACGACCCAGAGAAAGAUUUAUAUACUUCGCCAAAAGAUUUGGUCAGUGGAAACGACUACCAUUUUGUGCGAAAUGUCGCUAAGAGUGAUCUAGAAACUUAUGAACUUUUCUUAAAGACGCGAUAGUGCGCAUACCAUGGUGGCGAGAUUUUACAAUCUAUUUAUUUUGUUUUAACAGAAGUUAGGUUAGCAAGAAUUUAGUUUAAAAUAAGUGUAA